AGAGUCAACUGCAGUCGAGUCGAGUGAUUUCUACCAAUGAGCUGUGAUUUAUAUGCGAUGAAUAAUGUCCGCUGUUUAGAGACGCGUAGACAGGAGGGUCUUCCCGAGCCAACUGAGCCAACUGGGUUUGUAUCAAACUCUCCAACAACACGAGCAGAAAACAUUCGCUCGUCCCGCUCGGACUCGCCUCGUCUGCCCUGACAGCGUGUGUGUGUGUGCGGAUUGGAAAGUUUGCAUCGCGGAAUCAGGAAGUUCAGUCAAAUGUUGAUGUCAAACACUAAUCUGGGUCCUCUCCGCCUGUAAGAAGUUUACUGCGCUCAAACCGUCUGGAGCUCCGAGCAUGCGGGUGAUAGCUGAAUCCAUGCCUCUGCUCUGGUGGUAGUUCAACAGUGACUCCAGGAGGAAUGUCCUACUGGUCUGUUGGCCUUCCCCAGGACUCUGGAGACACUCCCAGCAGCAUGGAGCCACAAAGCAGCCCUGGGGAGGAAAUGGGAGCCAAGGCAUCGUUGGUGGAUGCUAUGGGGGCCCGCUCUGCCCUCGCUCCGUCUCUCACGCUGGAGAACAUCCAGGCGGCGUACAAAGAAGGAGAGGAGAUGGCUGCCAGAGAGCUGAUCCAGAGAGCCUGCUGCAUGGAGUGCAGUGCAGGGGAGCCCCAGAUCAAUGGGGUACAUCUCCUGUGUGCGGCCACUCACCAUGGUGAUCUGGAGAGUGUGCGUUACCUGCUAAAAGAAGCUCAUAUCUCUAUGCCCCAGGAGCCAUCCAACAGCAACCCAGCCAUCCUGGCAGCUUACUACGGCCACACCAGCCUGGUCAAAGAGCUGCUGGAUGCUAUACCAGGUCCAUGUCUAAGGAGAGACUUACUGAACUGGAUGCUGGCCACAUCUUGCCAGCAGGGUCACCUGGAUGUGGUCCGGUUGCUGGUCCACAGCUAUGACGCUGAUGCCAAGGACUGUGCCAUCCACAGCGAUGAGUUUGCUGUUGUUACUGGACUGCCACUGUAUGCUGCUGCACGGGCAGGUAAUGAGGAGAUAGCUCGCUUCCUGCUGCAGAAUGGAGCAGGAUUCUCAUCAUACACCCUGAUGGACCAUCCAGUCUUCAGCAAACACCUCCUCAGACUCCAGCUCCAGGAAACAUCCCACGGAGAAUUGAAGGAGGCUGUCAGUGUGCGUUGGAGCGGUCUGCAGCUGCCCUGGUUGGAGCUGGAUUGGUUCAUGGAUAUCUCCUCACGAAUCACCCACCUGGAUCUGUCUUCCAACAGUCUGACUGCUCUGCCCUCUGUGGUGCCCUGGGGCCUCAUCUACCUGCAAACUCUAGAUCUUUCUGACAACUUGCUGAAGGAGCUGCCUCCUGCUCACAGCUCUCAGGAGGUCAUCUGCUCCAGUUUACAGCAGGUGAAUCUCUCUCAGAACCAGCUCACCAGUUUGCCCCCCGGACUUCUCCAUCUGAUCCACAUCCAGAGAAUUUCUGCUGGCAGGAACCAGCUCACAGUGCUGUUCGACAUCCAUGACACUACAAACUGGAUCGGCCUUCGUAAGUUAGAGGAGCUGGAUGUAUCCGAUAAUGGUCUGACCAGUCUGCCUGUGGCCGUCAUGCACUGUUUGAAAUCCCUGAGCUUCCUCAAUGUGAGCAGGAACAAACUGAGCAGCUUCCCUGACCCCUGGGCUUGUCCACUGAAGCAAUGCAAAGCUUCAUUCAAUGACAUUGAGAGUCUUCCAAACACGAUCUCCAUCUUCUGGAGGACUAAGCUGCAGGAGUUGGACUUCUCUGACAACUGCCUGAAGGAACUGCCCUCAUACAUCUUCGAACUGGAGGCUGUGGUCUCACUGAGACUGUGUGGGAAUCAUAUCGUCACCCUCCCAGCCCCCAGUAAGUGGAAGUGCUCUCAGCUCAGGACCCUUGAUCUUUCUAGGAACCAGCUUGGCAAAAAUGAGGAAGGGCCUAAAUCCAGAAGGCUGGCCUUCCUGACUACAUGGAACAGGAGAGACCCAGACCCAGUGUGUUCCAUAGAGUUUCCCAUGAUUCUGCGGGAUUCACUGGAAGUGCUUUAUCUGAACGACAACCAGCUGGAGUGUGUUCCCCAGUCAGUGUGUGGUCUGCACAGCCUCUCUGAGCUCUACCUGUCCAAUAAUCCUGGAAUCCGGGAGCUUCCAGUGGAGCUUGGUCGGCUCUCCAACCUGUGGCAGCUGGACACAGAAGACCUCAAUAUCACUAAUGUUUCCCAGGAAGUGAGAAAAGAAGGUCCUGCGUCUGUUCUGGCUUUCCUCCGCGCGCACCUUCGAAAGGCAGAGCCUUGUAGACUGCUGAAGAUGCUCCUGAUUGGCCCUCCGAGGCAGGGCAAAACGACCCUUCUUGAGGCUCUACAGUCCGGCAGGGCGUCUACCUUCACCCCCAACGAAUGCAGCAUCUCCACCUCCAUGUUGGAGCUGGAAAAACCACACGGUGGCAAAAACAACAAAGACUGGGUGGUGUUCAACGUGUGGGACAUUGGUGGUCAGGCCAACAUGUCCACUGUGAACCAGUGUUUCUUCACUGAUAAGGCCCUGUAUGUGGUGAUCUGGAACCUGGCUCUAGGAGAGGAGGCUGUGGCCAGCCUGCAGACAUGGCUGCUCAACAUUGAGGCUCGAGCACCCAGCUCUGCCGUGGUGGUGGUGGGAACACAUUUAGAUCUCAUCGACACCAAGUUUCGCACUGAGAGACUGGCCACGCUGAGAGCUUACAUUCUUGCUCUGUGCCGAUCACCUUCAGGGGCUCGAGCCCCCGGCUACCCUGACAUCACCUGGAAGCACCUGCAUGAAGUGUCCUGUAAGACGCUGGAGGGUCUGGAGGAUCUGAAGAAGCUGAUCUACCAGGUGGCUCUCACCAUGAAAGACAACAGCAGUUCAGCGUGUGGCAGUAAACUGCUCGGCAGGCUGAUCCCCAGGAGUUACCUGACACUUCAGGAAACCGUGAUGGCGGAGAAGCAGAGGCGAGAUGCUGAGGGAGAUGUCCAGUAUCUAACUGAUGCCCAGCUGGACCGCAUCAUCGAACAGAACCCAGGAAGUGACAUCAGAGACUAUGAGGACCUACAGACUGCCAUUAGCUUCUUGAUAGAGACGGGGACCCUGCUCCACUUCCCCGACACCAGCCACGGCCUGUGCACUCUCUAUUUCCUGUGUCCAGUGUGGCUGUCUGAGUGCCUGGAGAGGAUUGUACACCUCAAGUCCUCUCGCUCUGUAGCCAGGAAUGGAGUGAUCCAAGCUGAACACCUGAGGAUGCUGAUGGUAGGAACCGGCUUCACCCAGCAGACAGAGGAACAGUAUUUCCAGUUUUUAGCCAAGUUUGAGAUUGCUCUGCCUGUAGCCAACAACAGCUAUCUGCUGCCACACCUCCUUCCCCCCAAGCCAGGCAUGGACAUCCACGGGUUCCGCCAGCAGGUCAACAACACCCUACAACGCCUCUUCAAGAUGAGCUUUGUUCCAGCAGGAUUUUGGGAGCGCUUCAUUGCCAGGAUGCUCAUCAGCCUCACAGAGCUGGACCUGCAGUCGUUUGAGCCUAAAAGAAACACCAGGGCCCAGCGCAGUAGGAAUUCUGUGAUCUACAGCUUUGCUGGAACCCAGCAAAGGAGCCGCUGCAGCACAUUCAGAGUGCGGCGCAGCCAGACCAUCUACUGGAAGGAGGGGCUGCUGGUCACUUUCGACGGAGGAUAUCUCAGUGUGGAGUCUUCAGACGUCAACUGGAAGAGGAAGAAGAGUGGGGGCAUAAAGAUCAUCUGCCAGUCAGAGAUGAGGGAUUUCUCUGCCAUGGCCUUCAUCACAGACCACGUCAACUCUCUGAUCGAGCAGUGGUUCCCGGCUUUGACAGCCAGUGAGAGUGACGGGACCCUCCUCAUAGAGCAGUACGCCCCCUGCCCUCUCUGUGCCUCCUGGGCCAACAGAAGCAGCCCAAGCUCCCGCCCGGCCGGGGUUCAUUACUUCAACAUGGAGGACUGUGUGCUGGCUGCAGUGGAGAAGGAGCACAUCAUCUGUCCUCAGCAUCCUGAUCAGCCAGUCCCGCUGCAGGAGCUGGUCCCAGAACUUUUCAUGACCGACUUCCCUGCACGGCUGUUUCUGGAGAAGGCCCAGCUGGAGUACUCUGAGGAGGAGAGCAACAUCCUCGGCCAGGGUGGCAGUGGCACUAUCAUCUACCGAGCCCGAUAUUGUGACCAGCCAGUGGCCAUCAAACGCUUCCACUUCAAGACGUGUCGACAGCAGACCAUCAGCAGCGACACAGACACCAUGGUGAAACACCUGCAGUCUGCAGAUGUCUGCCGGAGCUUCUCUGAAUUUCGUCAGGAGGCCAGUAUGUUGCACUCUCUUCAGCAUCCCUGCAUCGUUUCCUUGGUGGGCAUCAGCAUCCAUCCGCUCUGCUUUGCCCUGCAGUUAGCCCCUCUGGGCAGCCUCAACACUGUGCUGAAGGAGAAGCACAAAGGCAAUGGCUCCAAGUACAUGCCCCUUGGUCACAUGCUAACCUUCAGAGUGGCGUAUCAGAUUGCAGCUGGACUGGCGUACCUUCACAAGAAGAGCAUCAUCUUCUGUGACCUUAAAUCUGACAACAUCCUGGUGUGGUCGCUGCAGGUACAGGAUCCUAUCAACAUUAAACUAUCUGACUAUGGUAUUUCUCGACAAUCCUUCCAUGAGGGGGCUCUGGGCGUUGAGGGCACUCCAGGGUACCAGGCUCCUGAGAUCCGACCAGGCAUUGUGUAUGACGAGAAGGUGGACAUGUUCUCCUAUGGCAUGGUGCUGUAUGAGCUGCUGUCAGGACGAAGGCCGGCAUUGGGACAGCACCAGCUUCAGAUAGCCAAGAAGCUCUCUAAAGGCAUACGACCAGUGCUGGGCAGUCCAGAGGAGGUUCAGUUCCACUGCCUCCACAGCAUGCUGAUUGAAUGCUGGGACACAAAGCCCGAGAAAAGGCCGGUGGCUAUGCAGUGUGUGAGGCAGAUGCAGGAGCCCAGCUUCCCCUGCCUCAGGUUUGUGUUGUCCUGUGACAGCCACUCGCAGCUCUUCCUGUCCCAACUGCAGGGAUACAGCGCUGUGUUCUGGAGCGGAGACAAGGAUGACAGGAACUACAGUGUGGUGAACGUGGAGAAGGGCCAGGUGGCGGUAAAGAGGAUGUCUUGUCCAGGCGCCAGGAUCAGCUGUCAGAUGAAGAUGUGCAACACUCUGUGGAUGGCCACCGAGGAGCAGGAGGUUUUCAUCUUCAGUCUGAAGGACAUGUGUCCACUCAGUCAACCCCAGAAACAGUUCUCCUGUCCUGCCAUCAUCACCUGCCUGUUCCCAGUUCCAGCAGGAGAACAGAGCCUGGACAGAGUGUUUGCUGGGAUGUCUGAUGGCCUGGUGGCAGUGUACAGCCUGGUGGAGGACCUUCCUCUGGAGGGGGAAACCUACCUGUGUUCACACACCAUCAACAAAACCGUGUUUGGUCUGAAGGACUCAGAUCCCAGGCAGAGACCCUACCCAGUCAGGAGCAUGGCUCUGGUCAGCAGUGGCUCCCAGUUAUGGUUUUCCAAUGGUCCUGGUUUGCUGGUCAUCGACUGUCUGAGUCUUCAGGCAGUUCAUAGGUUGGAGCCCUACGACCCGCCGUCUUCCAUCGUAUGCAUGGCAACCAGCCUUAGUCUUUGGGGAGAGGAGGCCGUGUGGACCCUGGAUGACCACAUAAACACCCUGCUGCUCUACCACGCUGCCUCCUAUGAGCUCUGUGCCAAGUACUGCUGCAGCGACAACAAUCCUCUCCGAGAUGUCUUCACUGUGCAGCAUCCUGCAGGGGUUACCACGGUGACGGCCACUGACCUCAAGACCAUGGACCAAGAAGAUAAUGUGGAACGGAAUAAUGGAGAAGUGACAUUGAUCUACAGUGAGGAGGCGGGCACUCAGAUCAUCCAGCACCAGGACUCACUGACAGACUACUGCUCCAUAUUAUCCAACUGCUCCCUGGAGCCACCGAGUUCAGACAGUGCCAGCGCCGUCGACCUCGGCUCGUCAGCCACCCACAGCAGCGCGGCAUGGUCGGCUGACCAGGAAGGGACAGGCGGUGCCAAGGACCAGCAGGCAUCCACCAAUCCUGAUCCAGACUCAGCAGAGACUGUGAACCCCACAGUGCCUCAGCUGCAAGCCUUCAGUGUGCUGCCUGUCAAUGGGACUCUGUGGAUCCCCAGGCGUGGAGGUGACGUGAUUGUCAUCGAGAUGCAGUCACAUGGUGAUCAGCUGAUGGGGCGUGUCAUCGCAGUCCUCAGUCCUCCUGGAUGUUCCUCUUUAGGGAUCCUGGAGGAGGCAGCAGUGGUGGCAAAGGACACAGUUGUAUGUGGCUUUCAUAAGGAAAACAUGGAGUGGUGCCUGUGUGUCUGGAGGGGCUGGGGCUGCCACGAACUGGAAGUCUUCUACCAGUCCUACGAGGAACUGGGCCACUUGGAGACCAGCAUGAGGAAAAGAAGGUAGCUGUUGUGCUGCGACGGCAAGGCACAGAAUCGCAGCUCUGUAUGGAGGGCGAGCUGAGGGGAAUACACGCCGACAGACUGCCAGUGUUCAGAGCAGGGGGGGUGGCCGAAUGCUGACAUCAGUGAAACGCAGGAGGGGGAGGAGGUGGAGGAGGUGGAGGAGGUCUGCCGUAAGGGCUGAGCCUCAAGCUGUGCACAGUGGUUAUAUCCCCUCACUACAUACCUCAGCACCAGUAAUGUAUUAGGAAAAAUCUGUCAUCUCCGAGCACACGUGAGAGACCAUAGAGCUGAGUCACAGAACAAAACCUACAUGCAGACUCUACUUCAUCACAGUGGGUUGAAUGUUGCAUUGUCAUGUUUCAAGAUGUAUUUGCUCUCUGGCAAUAUGACUAUGAUUUCAGUUGAACAUGUGUUGGACUGUUUGAGUCUUAUUCCAGCUGCUGCAGCUCUGUUCUUUAUUCUUUGUGUCUAUUUCAGUCUUUCUUCUUUUAACUGCUCCAGUCGUUAUGUCCUUUGCAUGGACACCGGAUGUCGGGGACAUUCUUAUGGGACAAGUACUCUCUGUUUUAUAAUGAGCUGGGAUUAAGCUGCUGGUAAACAGCUGUGUAGUAAAAAACAGACAGCAGUUUGUAGAUGGGUGGAUGACACUCACAUAAUCAGAACACAGCCUUCCUCUCUUUUCCAGUAUAUUUUAGCUUUAAACUGUGCCAUAUGAAUCUGCAUGCCAGCUGCAGCUCCCACUGUCACCAGAGUGGCCUGUGAGCAGAAAACUCACAUCUGGAUUCUGUGCAACAUGAUGCAACCAACUGGUCGUUCUCAGCUUUUAUCAGUUUCAACACUUUCUUUUAAACAAAGCUGCAUGUUGUCGUCAGACCCUGUGUGUUCCUCUCUUCCCUUGGCAUCAUAUUCAGUGGACAACCAUUCCUGAAAAUGUCCCUCUAUUAAAUAUUAGUUUUCAUUAUUCCUGGUCUGCCUUUCCUUCACAGGAAAAGAUGCGGCACGCACUGGACAUGAUGACGAAGAAAGAGGCUGGUGCAUGUGCACAUUUGACAUUAUGUAGAAAAUAAAACUAGCUCAGUGUAGCCAUGUUGGACUGUUCUUCUUUAUUAAAACAACAUGUUGUGGUUGAUUUGUUUGGCCAUGAACAGAUGCACCGGUUGUUCGAUUCAGUUAUAUUUCUGCCAGACUAACUGGCCAAGAGGUGUCGGCCCCCUCAGCGGUCAAUACAAUUCAAUCAAAUGAAUAGAAAAUACACAUGGUGUCUCCACUAGGGACCACAAGUGUCAACAAAUCAACCACAACAAUCGGCAUGACUUCAAUUUACUGCAGCCCCCAUCAGUGUUUGUAGAAUAUCAUUUUGAAGUUGAAAUCCCCAAAAUUCCUGCAUGACAUGGUGUUUGACGUUUACCAUCAGAUUAUACCACCAUGGAACAUCUGGGCUUUUCAGAAACAUUAAUGAAAGAAAACUGCUGUGGAAAAAAACCACUGUGUUACAGAUGUUAGUGAAAAAGAGUCCAUGUCACAAAUGUCUAAUGUCUAUAGAAGCUUGCUGAUAACUACUUAUAUAGCUGAACGAGUCAAAGACCUGUAAAAUGUUGUAUUGCAUCUCUCCUCUUGCUUCCUGAUCUGUUCACCCACCACCAGGCUAAAGUACAAUAUAACACCACAUCUGUUCACAUGGAUUACGUCAGUUAAACAGAUCAAAACAUCAGGAUUAUCACCAAAGAUGACUAACACAUAAGAUGCUGUAACAGAAGAUUGUUGCCGAGCUAUUGACUGCUGCAGCUCCUGUCUGCAAGAAAAACAAGAAAAAAGAGAAAAACAUGAGGAGGGGAAAUUAACCUGGAAGAAUGAAGCACACAGGACUAAUGCAAAUUUGAUCAGAUGAGGUCUGUUGGGUGAUAUAUUAAUAAUACGUCCUUUCUUUUCUUUUUUUUUACUAGAGAGAUUACAGGGGUGGCAGCAUUAAGAGCACAGGGCUCCACUAACAACAGAGCUUUGGUUGAACUAUUUGUUUAAUUGUGUGGUUCCAGUGUGAACACCGCUGUAGCAGAUCAUUACUCCCCACAUGGUUUUUAUGUAUUUAUAUGUUUAGGGAUUUUUUCGGCCUAAUAGUUUUGUUGACUUGUGGUGGAACAUUCACAGUUCUACAGUGGCCAGUCAAGAAGUGUAUAUAGUCCAUACCAGCCUCCGAGUGAGGCAGACCCUAUUUAUUUAUCAGAAUGUAUAAUGAAAGUCUAUUGCUAUAGAAGUUGUAACAAAUCUCUGUACAAUUCAGUACUGAAUAAAGUUCUUGUAAUAAA